AUGUCGAUACAGUUUAUUAUAAAACAACUGCUCAGCAACAAUACACGCUCCCCCAGGUGCAAACGGCCUGCAGCAGCAGCAGCAGCAGCAGCAGCAGCAGCAGCAGCAGCAGAAGCAGCAGCAGCAGCAGCAGAAGCAGCAGCAGCAGAAGCAGCAGAAGCAGCAGCAGAAGCAGCAGCAGCAGCAGCAGCAGAAGCAGCAGCAGCAGCAGCGGAAACAGCAGCAGCGGAAACAGCAGCAGCAGCAACAGGAGCAGCAGCAGCAGAAGCAGCAGCAGAAGCAGCAGCAGAAGUAAAUACAAAGAUAAGAAUGGUUUAG